AUGACAAAGUUUGUUCCUAGAAACACAUUCCCAAGCUAUAAUAUACCGCUAUCCAAUUUCAAGGGUCACCACCAAAAAGCUUUGUCUAAAGUGGGACAUUUAGCUCCACAGUUGGAUCUAAUAUUGGAGGUACGAGAUUGCAGGGCGCCCUUAGCCACUACAAAUGUGUUAUUCGACAGACUAUUAUCAACAAAGCGCAAACUCAUCCUAUAUAGUAAAAAGGAUUUAUCAGUAUUGAAACCCGAUUUACUCAGCAAAUGGCACAGCUCAAAGAACGAGGAGUUUAUGUUUGUUGAUUGCCGCCAUCGGGGAGACUGCAAGAAAAUUAUCAACAAGAUGACUCAAAUCUAUAACAAGUUGGAAACGAAACCCCCAUUGGGUCUAAGAUCCAUGAUUAUUGGUAUGCCAAAUGUUGGAAAGUCAACUUUGGUAAAUACUAUGCGUCAAGUGGGACUAGGACGGGAGAAUAAAGAUUCAGUUUCUUCCAAGGUAAGAAAAGUGGCCAAAACGGGAGGACAACCUGGAGUUACGCGAUCAACUAGUGAGAUCAUCAGACUUGCUCGGGACCCAGACAUAAUGGUUUAUGAUACUCCUGGUAUAUUUUUGCCGACUGUAAAGAGUCCCGAGACCAUGCUCACAUUGGGAUUGGUGGGUUGCAUCCACGACUCAUAUAUCGAUCCGGUAGUUUUAGCGGACUAUUUGCUAUUUUUAUUGAACUUGCAAGACAGUCUGGGAAAAUUCUACAGAGACUACAUGCUGCAUCCAACUAAUGAUAUUUAUGAAUUGAUGUAUAAUAUUUGCAAACAAAGAAACACCUUGAAGCCAGAUGGAGGUUUUGAUGAGUUAGGCGCCGCAACUCACUGGGUGAAUCUUUGGAAGCAGGGAAAGACCAAAAAGUAUCGCGCAUUGUUUGACCUCGAGGCUAUCAAGGAGGCCAGUGAACAGAACAUCAGAGAUAUUCUCAAUGCAGAAAGAAAACGAGUCGGAUUGUCCAAAGUUCAUGAACGAAUAGUAGACAGUUUUGGAGAUGACGGGUCUUCGACUACACCCCAUAGGAAAAGAUCGGCUAAGGAUCGAGAAGCAGAUAUGCGAAACAGAUUGUUUAAGCUUUAG